UAUCAACAGAACGGAGUGUCAAAGUGAUUCCUGAUCACUUGCAACGUCGCCGAUCGGAGAUAAGAGAACGAGUGAGCUGGCAGGUGCUGUGGAGAUAGCAGCUGUCGUCAGGAGCGGCUACGCGGAUUGGAGGGGGAUUUCGGGCAACGCAGAGUUAAUAGAAGAGAUUCACAGCGCCAGCAUCCAUGGCCAGCGAAUCCAGGGGGCAGAAAGGAAGAUGGACAAAGUCGCAGAGCGAUGGAAAUGAAUGAAUGGACGGGGGAAUGGAUGGAUGGACACAUUGGGGGCCUUUGGGGGAUGCGCCGAGGGGGCGCGGAUCACGUGGGCGCCGCGAUCGGCCAGUGAGAUCACCCGGCGCCUUCACGGGUUCCGGUCGAUGAUGGCGACCCAAACGCUGGUUCCAUCCAUGGAUUCAGAUCAGCCCUUCCUGGCUCAGAUUGCCGACAACUUCCCGAUCGUCCUGGUAGGAGUCAAUGUGGUAUUAAUUAGUCUGAGGUCGCAAUGAUAGCAAACGCCUAUGUACGUCCAACGCCGUCGGUCCAAGCAGCGCAAAAUAUACCCCAAAGAGAAAAAGAAAAAGCGAUCUUCCAACGAUAGAUAGAAACACAGGAACGCUCAGGUGGUGACAGUAAUCGCGCGCUACAUCAGCUUCGUAACCAC